GGUGUAGCCCACCCAGCUCAGCUUUAAGAGGCGCCGUAGAGAAACUGAGCUCUCAUCCUGCUCUCAGCCGGGACAGCCAAGGUCUACCCGGAGCUGGUCUUACCUCUGUGUUGAAGGCUGAACCUGGACCUGGGCCAGACCGAUACCACCAGAAAAUCUACGGAAACGUGCGACAAACCUUCAUUGAAUCUGCUCAACCCCCCAUCGCGCCAACUGACCAACCCGGGGAACCAAUGUGAUCACAUCAGGGAUAUUUCUACGAGAAUCAACCUGGUGUCAGACGGGGAACAAACUGUUGAUUGUUAGGGCUAACCUUCCUGCUAUCUUCUCAACUCCUCAGAAGAUCUUACAACCGUUUGAAUUAGUCAGAAUUCUGAGAAGUUAACAAAUAUGGAAAGAACAUUUCAGCAGAAGCAGUUGGCAGAAGCUGUCAAGAAAGAAGGCAGUAAGAUUAAAGGACCUUCAGGUACUCUGGACGUUUACACUCUUCCUCUGAAAACCCAGUCCAUGAAGAUAGAGGGAUGCAAAUGCUUCAUAUUUGGAAAAGAAAACCGUGGUAAAAAGAACCGCACCAUCAUGGUUCUAGGAGCCACGGGGGCGGGCAAGUCCACCCUGAUCAACAGGAUGAUCAACUACAUCCUUGGGGUCACAUGGGACAAUAAAUUUAGAUUCAAGUUGGUAGACGAAGGCACGGCCAAGUCUCAGGCUCACAGCCAGACCUCUGAAGUCACCGUGUACAAGCUCAACCACCGAGAGGGCUUCCAGAUCAACUACUCCCUGACUAUUGUGGACACGCCGGGUUUCGGAGACACGAGAGGCAUAGAUAGAGAUGGGUUGAUUAUGAGUCAGCUAGAACAUUUAUUCUCGGCUAAAAGUGGAAUCAGCGAGAUUGAUGCCAUUUGCUUCGUGGCCCAAGCGUCUCUAGCUCGGCUUACAACGACACAGAAGUACGUCUUUGAUUCGGUGCUCCGCAUAUUUGGCAAAGAUGUGGCAGAGAACAUCCAGAUUCUGGUGACAUUUGCAGAUAACACAAUACCUCUGGUUCUCGGGGCGAUCAAAGAGUUUGGGGUCCCAUGUCCUAAAACUAAAAAAGGUUUACCAAUUCACUUCAAGUUCAAUAACUCUGACAAAAUAAUACCUGGUGCAAACAACAAAGAUGAGAGCAAUGAUGAGGAUGAUGAUGAUGAUGAUGAUGAUGAUGAUGAUGAUGAUGAUGAUGAUGUUGAAGAAGGCUUUGAUAAAAAGCGUUGGGACAUGGGAACCAAAAACAUGAAGAAAUUCUUUUCUGCUCUAAACGUCAUUAAGACCAAGAGCUUGACCUUAACCAAGGAGGUGCUCAGACAGAGAGCUCAGCUGGAGAUCUCCAUUGAGAAUAUCCAGAUGAAGGUGAAAUUGGCCUUAACUAAACUUGAGGAGGUUAAUCAAGAAUCUCAAAUUCUCAAAACACACAAAUCAGCGAUCAAAGAAAAUGGGAAAUUUGAUUAUGAGGUCAGCGUCACAAGGCCUGUUAAAGUUCAAGCCGAUGAAUCCUCAUUGAACUGUGAGAAAUGUGAUGUAACUUGCCACAAAUCCUGCGGGGUAAUACUUGGUGCCACUUAUUUUUGUGAGGUCUUUACCUGGGGGGGUUCCUGCAAAGAAUGCAAAGGCGAGUGCGGUGUGACGGAGCAUGUCCUCGAGGCUUUCUACUGGGAUUCCGAGACGGUGAACGAGAAACGAACCUAUGAGGGGCUGAAAAAAAAGUAUGAGAAAGCCUCUAAGAAAGCCAUGUCCAUUGAGGACAUCAUCAAACAGAUGAAGCUGGAGUACCGCCAACUAGAGGAAGAGGUGGUCAGGCUGAUGGAGUGCUCAGCCCAGUGUCUCACCACCCUGAAGGAGAUCGCUCUGAGGCCCGAUCCAAUCUCAACACCUGAAUACAUCGACAUGCUGAUAGAGGGAGAGAAGUCAGAGGCCAAGCCUGGCUACCUGAAGCGCAUCAAUAAACUCCAGGAUCUGAAGAAAAAGGCCAUUACCAUUGGGGAGGUUGCUAGUGGGGCCACAGUAGACUCAAUUUUGCGGCCGGACAGUCCAGUGGUUAGCGCAAACCCCCCGGAAAAUAAGUAAAUAUAGGUUAUUAUUACACGGCUCUUCUCAAUGCUGUAGAAUUUUCCCUUCACUUGCAUGGGAUUUAUUUACAAGGAUGCUCUUGAUGAGAAUUGACGGAGUAAUGGAAUUGAUAGAAAUUAAACAUGUAGUUAAAAAUGUUUUCUUUUUAAAUUUUCUUUCUUGCUGGGUUUUGUCAGAGUAAAUUGCUUAAAAACAUUAUGAUAUGUGAAUGCAUUUGUGCUCGUUCUUCCUUGCUUCACUGGUUUGUUUAGCCCAGAUGCUGUGUGUGGAGCCCCUCUCUCUUCUCGUUAAUCUGGACCUGACAACCUGUUCGCUCUCUGGCUGAGGUAACAUAGAGUGAGACCCCUGUGAUUCGCUCAGUCUAGAUCACGAUGUUGAAAUGAAAAAAAAUAGGAGUUUAUUUCCCUGAUUUUGAUUUUGUUUCUCUUGUUCUGUGUACUUUAUAUGCUUGGCAGCAGUCACUGAGUGUAUUGACUUAAUGCUUCUUUGUCCUAACUUUUCAAGUUAAUUGUGAAAAUGCCUAUGUGUACGUAACACACACAUCAGCACAUUGGAUUAUGACUGUGAUGUGCUUUCAUCAUAAGAUAAAUAUAUUUCUUAUUAUUUUUUAAUUCAUGGUUUGUUUUAUUCUUUAUAAGUUUCUGAAUGUAGAUGUUAGGGCAAUUCAUGAUACAUUACUUUUAAGUUUGGGUCCCGGGGAGACACAAAUUUAUCCUUUGGGUCUCGAAGUGAAAAGGUUUGGAACCACUGUAUUAGAGUACAAGAACCAAGGCUUUAAAACAAUAUUUACUAAAGUAUAAUCAUGUUGAAGAAUGCGUUACCUAAAAGAGAAUUAAAGAUGAUUACAAUGA